CAGAAAGAGUCAUUGGCUGAGGACUCGCAUCUGCCUCUCCCCUAAAACACGGCAGAUGAUUUAAAGUCGGCUUGCAUCCAUUGAAACUUGUGAAACUGAAUCUGGACUAAACCCGGAGCAGCUUCUCAAACCACAUCUUUUCUUCAUCGCCUUCUGUGCAUUUUCUUGACCAGGAAGGAAUCAUGGUUUUCCACAAGGAGUUCCAGAGUGCAGGUAAAGCACCUGGCCUGCAGAUUUGGAGAAUAGAGAAGAUGGACAUGAAACCGGUCCCCAAACAGCUCCAAGGAAACUUCUACACUGGAGACGCCUAUGUUGUCCUUUACACCACUCCUGCUCCAUCUUACAAUAUCCAUAUGUGGUUGGGUAAUGAGUGCUCUCAGGAUGAAGGUGGAGCUGCCGCCAUCUUUGCCAUGCAGCUGGACGAUCAUCUGGGCGGAGCACCAGUCCAGUACCGUGAGGUUCAGGGCAAUGAGUCUGUCACCUUCCUUGGCUACUUUAAAACUGGAAUUAAGUACAAGCAAGGUGGUGUAGCCUCUGGGUUCACGCAUGUGGUGACCAAUGAUAUGAACGUGAAGCGUGUGCUUCACGUUAAAGGACGACGUGCCAUUCGUGCCACUGAGGUGAACAUGUCUUGGGCCAGCUUCAAUCAUGGAGACUGCUUCAUCGUUGAUCUCGGCAAGGACAUCUACCAAUGGUGUGGGAGCGAAUGCAACCGUUUUGAGCGGUUGAAAGCAUCUGAGGUUGCAAUUGGCAUUCGUGAUAAUGAGAGAAAUGGGCGUGCCAGUCUGCAAAUGGUUGAGGACGGUUCUGAGCCUGAGGCUAUCCUUAGUGCUCUUGGGCCCAAGCCCAACAUCCCAGCAGGAAGUCCUGACGAUGAGACAACUGACAGAAGCAAUCAGAAGAAGGGAUCACUCUACAUGGUAUCUGAUGCCGCAGGCUCGAUGAAGACAACUCUGGUGGCCCAGAGCUGCCCUUUCAAGCAGGAGAUGCUCAAUCCCACCGAUUGCUUCAUCCUGGACAAUGGAGGGGACGGCAAGAUCUUUCUUUGGAAAGGACCGAGUGCAAACACUGAAGAACGUAAGGCAGCCAUGAAGGUCGCAGAGCAGUUUGUCAAAGACAAGAACUACCCCAAAAACACACAGGUAUCGGACUCUAGCCUAUUAAUGGAAGUAUAUAACAUAGAAGCCAAAUUCUAA